AUGGCUGCAAUGAUCUCUGGAAAUGAAGAAGUGUCGAAACAUGUGGUGUCUCCAGCCAAGGUGUCAGUCACAACAUUCAUUACUGUGAUUUGGGUCUGUGCCGUCUUCGCCAUCACCUUCUCCAUCGCUCGCAUCGCCGUGCGCUUCCAAGCAUUCAGACGCCUCUAUGCCGAUGACUGGCUCGUUCUCUUCGCUUUGGUCGCCCUGCUGGCCAACACGACCUUAUGGCAAGUCGGCAGGCACAUCAUGUACGAAACCAUCAACAUUUUCUCCGGCCAGGUCCUACAGCCUCGGCCUGGCUUCGAGCAGCGCAUCGAGAAGUGGAUGCACAUCAAUGUUGCUGCUAUCUUGCUCUUCUACAGUGGUCUCUGGGCUGUGAAGCUGUCUUUCCUGGCUUUCUUUCGAAGAAUGGGGAGUAAGGUGCGGAACCAGAAGGCAGUCUGGAAUGCCGUUACGGGCAUCACUGUGGCGGCGUACAUUGUUUGUGUGGCAAUCUAUCCGUAUAAGUGCCAAACGAGUAAUUUGACUUAUGUGAUCGGUGAGAUGUACCGACCAAGCGCAAUAGCAUACUACAAGAACGUCCUCAAAGUGAGCCUGGCCAUGGAUGUCGUGACUGAUGCUUUGAGUAUGUCUCGACAUAGCUUGGAGCUCACCGAGACUGAUGCGUGUGUAAUAGUCAUGGCCGUGCCCAUCAACAUUUUCUGGAUGGUGCAGAUAAACCUGAGGCAAAAGGUUGCCAUCGCGAGUGUCUUCCUGAUCACGAUCAUCAUCGUUAUUUUCGCCAUCAUUCGUGUGACCCUAAUCAAUAGCGCAAGCUACCAGAUCGACAUGUCAUGGCUGCACUUAUGGACGUCAAUCGAGCAGACGAUCUCAAUCAUAGUAGCCUGCCUAGUCUCAUUCCGGGCCCUGUUCACGAAAAGCGGUCAUCGUCUGCGCGCCAUGAAGCACAGCGGGGAAAGAUCGUACUCUUGGCCUUUCAGUCGAAUGACUUCAUUCUUCAGCCGCACAUCCACAAGAGGAUCCAGCUCUUCCGAAGCAUCGCAGGAAAUCCUACAGCGAACAGAACACAGUCUAUUGAAAAGACAUGGGAGUACGAUACACGCUUACGCAUCGAAAGAACCACCUUGGUACCCAAGAUCACCGGCCUUUGAGACUCCUGAUUUUGCUGAGAAGCUCAUACUGCCACCAAAUGCCGUGCAUGUCCGUCGCGACGUCAGCGUUGUGUGA